UAUGCACUGGACACCCGGAAGACAGCUUCCCCAGCAACUUUACGUUCUAAUUCAGGCGCACGCAGGCCCUAAUCCGUGCCAUGGACCAUUGAUGAAGCUGAAUAGAGCUCGCUCUGCAGGAUAUGCCACGGUCGUACCAGAUCCUAGUAUUGCACCGGAAGAUAUUGGCAAAGACAAGAUACCACCGCUGAAGAACCCAUAUCCGUAUCCUAACCACAGGAACCCGUCCCCGCACCAGAUCUUUCACCUGCCGUUUGGUGCUACUCCAGCCCAGAUUAAAUCGCGGGAUUAUGAGCUGGUCCGAACGCACCACCCGGACUCGGCCUACGUCGCCCACCUUCCAAGCGCACUUGCCCAUGCGAGGUUCAGGUCGGUCAAGGCGGCGUACGACUUCCUGCGGGGCAAGACCCUUUCACCUCACCCAAAUGCCCGCCCUGCCCCGACGCCGAAGAAUUUCGACCCGUACAUGCACGAGCUCGCACGGAGGAGACGGGCACACUACGCUUCGCAGGGAGCACCGAGCACGGUGGAGGAUGAUAGCCUCAGUGGAGCCUGGGCACGGCCUGGGUGGGCGGAAGGAUUCGGCGCACCGAAGGCCCAGAGGAGUGAGUGGAACGAAGACGGCAUGCGGGAGAGGAUCAUCCUGGCGUUCGGUGUCAUGGCCCUCGUCGUUGGGCUGUUCCCGACGAUUCCCUCAACAUUUAUCUCCGCCUUUAUCUCGUCUGGGCCGGCUGCUCCAGGGCAGUCUGUCGUGUCGCGAAAGGAGCUGGCGUCGUACGUGGCGAAACCCGACCCGGGCCCUUCCUUCCCUUACAACCUCCCAUUCGUGCCCGACCUCGACAAGGGACACCGGAGCGCCGCGUCCGCGCUCGCUCAGUGUCGGUAUGAACGUCAGGAAAUGGGAGCUGAGCGGCGCGACAAUGUGCGUAAGCGGGCUAAGAAGAUAACUGGAGAGGUCGACGACGACUCGCAGGGCCCGUCUGAUUCUGAAUA